AUGGAACGUUCUUUGUCAUUUGAGCCAUACGUUCUAACCCCUUUGGACCACACCAUAAAGAACUUUUAUUUCUCUACCUUCGUAUCCUUCCCACUACGUGACCCCGAUGUCGCUGUUCCAGCACUGAAGGAUGGCGUGGAGAGGCUGAUAUAUGCCCUCCCAGCCCUAUCGGGUGUGAUGGCUUCUUCUUCCAGAUUGCCUGGCAAGCGCAACGUGAUCGAGAUACGUCCUUCUCCAGAAUCACUCGAAUGGAUCCCAAUGCUGCAAUUCAAAUACCACCGGGAUACCACCCUCGUUGCAACCUGUUCUCCUGGAUCUUCAGGGGUUUCCUAUUUCGAUGAGUCGUGGUCUUCUUUGCCGAUCGUUAUUCCAGCAGGCCGACCAAGCCCUGUUGCUCGGUUUCAGGCACACGUAUUCCCAGAUGGAAUCUUGCUUUGUCUGACACUCACCCACGCUGUUUUUGAUGGAAGUGGUCUUGGAACAAUUCUGAAGAUGCUGGCAACAUGCUGUAUACAUUUAACGACGCAUCUCCCACUUUCUCUGCCAACUUCCUACGCAAAGGAAGCAUCCUCGAGACAGAUCAUUCUUGACAGUGCACUUCCACCCUCUGCAUCGAAUAUAGAGGCCUAUAAACGGAUGUUUGAAUCUAACGACAUUAUCCCCGGCCUCGAGAAAGACGUCAGCUCCCGACGACUUUCGAUUCCAGCCUCCAAAAUCCAGGCUUUGCAUGAUGCGUGCAAUGCCGCUAGGCCUACCGACCAAGAACCCAUCCUUUCCAAGACUGAUGUCUUGACGGCAUUACUUGCCAUCUGUAUGAAUCGAGCUCGGAAAACCAAGACCAACGGCCUCCCCUCCUCACUUGCGGUGCCCGUGAAUUUGCGCAAAAAAUUCCACCCUAGUCUUUUGGAUAGCUACCUCGGAAACACCUUCAUCACACUCAUCGUCGAUAUCGAUCCUCCAGCGGUCCACUCAGCCCAAAGAUGCAGGACAACUCCCUUCCAUGCAGAUCUGAAUGAACUCAUGACCUUGUCUCUCCGGAUCCGAAAACAAUUGAUUCUUCUUGACCAGAAAGCUUAUACCGGAGGAUUAAUCUCUUACCUUCGAGAGCAAUCUGACUGGGGGGCAACCAGCGUGAGAUUUGCAGAUAUAACAGUGAGCAGUUUGAGAUACUUAGGGAUUAAUGGUCUUGACUUUGGCCCGGUGAUAGGCCGAGUCCAUACUUUUGAUUUACAGUCUGGAAUGUACCCUGGUAUCUGCGAUAUCUUGCCAAACCGUGCCAGUCACAUGGAUUAUACAGGAGGUAUGAAUAUAAGUGAAGCCCCUACGGAUGUUGCUAUUACGCUGGAAGGUUCCGCGUGGAGCGCCUUUAUGGAAGACAGGCUGAUGCUAUGGGCCUUGGAUGCUGGCUAUCAAGGGACGGGUGAAAGGGCUCCACGGGUAGCUACUACCGUUAGCCAGCCAAAGAUUUAG